UUUUUUUUUUUUUUUCUGGAGAGACAGGGUGAUGCUGUUCUCUGUUCACUGGGAAUGUAUUGACUGAGGAUCCAACUCUCAGCCUUCCAGCUGGACCCUGCUGCUGCUGCUCAGCUCACUGUGUGGGGUUUAAACCAGGACACAAGCACACCUGACGGCUGAGUCCUCUAGCAAAAUCAUGAGGGUCUUCCUCCUGCUUUGCCUGCUGGCGCUAGGCAACGCCAAACCCUACCAGCCAAUCAACAUCAUGGACUUCGUGAAAAACUAUGACAUAAUGAUGGCUGAUUCAGGUGAUGACGACGAUGACGACGACGACGAUGAUGAUGACGAUUAUGAUGAUGAUGAGAACUGUCCAGCUAAUUGCCAUUGCUCACCCAGAGUGGUGCAGUGCUCCGACCAGGGUCUGAUCUCUGUUCCUGAGAAGAUUCCUGAAGACACUGUGAUAAUCGACCUCCAAAACAAUGAUAUCACUGAGAUCAAGGAGGACGACUUUAAAGGCCUCCACAAGCUUCAUGGCCUGUUUCUGAUCAACAACAAGAUCUCUAAGAUCCACCCCAAGGCCUUCAGGAACAUGGAUCAUCUCAGACUGCUGUACCUGUCCUACAACCUGCUGACCGAGAUCCCUGCAAACCUGCCUCCCAAUGUCAUUGAGCUCCGCUUCCAUGAAAACAAGAUCAACAGAAUCCAGAAGGAUGCGUUUAGAGGCCUGAGGAAGCUCCAUGUGCUGGAGCUGAGUGCCAACCCUCUGGCUAACAGUGGGAUUGAGCUGGGGGCUUUUAAUGGCUUGUCGACGCUGUAUGUUGGUAUAGCAGAGGCCAAACUAACUGCUGUGCCCAAAGACCUCCCGCCCUCCAUCACAGAGCUGAGCCUGGACUACAACAAGAUCUCUAAAGUGGAAGUAGAAGACUUCAUCAGAUAUAAAAACCUGCAGAGGUUAGGACUAGGUUUUAACCAGAUCAAGUUUGUAGAAAAUGGCAGUCUUGCCAGCAUCCCAAACGUCCGUGACAUCCACCUGGACAACAACCGUCUGAGAAAGGUCCCACCAGGCCUCAGCUCCCUGCGCUACCUCCAGGUGAUUUUCCUCCAUGCCAACAAAAUCAACAGUGUGGGAGUCAACGACUUCUGUCCUGUCUCGACCAAUGUCAAGAAGAACCUGUACACAGGCAUCAGUCUGUUUGCCAACCCUGUUAAAUACUGGGAGAUCCAACCGGCCACCUUUCGCUGUGUGACCGGAAGGAGGGGCGUUCAGCUCGGAAACUUCAGAAAGUAGGGAGCGGAAACGUUGCAUUUUAGACAGCUCAGAAAUGGAGAACUGCCAAUAUUCUUGUUACAGCAUAAGGAAGGAGCUGGACAUACUUGUGAUAAAUAAAAGACAAUGAAACUGUAUUCCUUAAGUGUUACUAUAGCUGUUCAGAAAAUCAUAGAAUUACAUUGUUGUAUAUUAGAAACUGUAGUACAUGUUGUUGAAUGCUGGUACAAUUUUCACAAGCAGGUUCUCGGUCAGGGGGAAGGAAACCCAAAACACUAGUGUGGAUGUUGGUGCGGAAAAUGAAUAUUAAAUCAUAAGCUAAGAAAAUGUUUACUGUCAGCAGCAACUGCAGACAGUAUACAGGGGUGGACACAGCAACAUAAACAGGUGUACAUUGUAAUGAAAUUCAACACAAGAGCCCUGCCUAGCUUUUCCCCCAACUUUUGCUGUAUGAACUUACCCAGGAGCGCCUCCUUCUGGUCACUUUCAGCAAAACCACCCAAUGACCUGACUUGAGUAGUAUUACAAGGUACCACCUUUUUAACAAUAAGAUAAUUUUUAGUUCUUUGCUUUCUAGUUUAAAAAUAACAUUAAUGAGAUACAGUUGAGUAGGAAAGUUAGGACGUCUUUGUAAAAUUUUCAAACAAUAAUGAACAAAAUAGACAUUCCUUUCUUUAGUCAUUUCCUUACAUAUUAUAUUGAGCAUUUUUAAAGUUGGGACAUUGCAACUAACAUAGAAGAAUCACUACAGGCCAGAGCUGUAACAUAACUGGAGCCUGAAAAACACUUUAAUUCAAACUAAAACAUAUUUUCCUUCCAGCAGAAGUGUUUACAGUCAAUGAAUGAUGCUGGCAUUAUUUAGUGCAAUAAGUCACUCUGAAGCCCCAUGUCCGUCUUUAUAUGGAUGUUUAAUAUUAUCUCACUGCAUGUCUGUAUUGUCUUUAUUAAGAGGCUGAAGGCUACAUGUCAGGCUGGAUUACAUAUUGUCCUUCAUGUAAAGGUGUACUCGGCAGGGCUGGGGAAGGAUAGAUUUUCUGUAACUAUCUAAAAAAGUCACUCAAAAAGCCACUUCGUUCUAAAGAAAUAUAGCAACCAAUUGAAUUACAGUCCUGGUACUCUGUACAGAUGCCUGUUAUGUCCAAGAGCAUCGUUAAUACAAACAUGUUACUAUUUCCCCCAAUGUUCUCUCCACUG